UGUCUGAUCCUCUCAUUUCUUUCUGUUCCAGUCCACCCAGGCCGAGUUCUAGACCGACUCAGCGACAACCGAUUCCGGAACACCACCACGCUGUUGCUAAGCGACGAUGGCGAAACUCUCUACGUGGGGGCUCGUGACGCCCUGCUCUCAUUGGACGUGAGCCAGCGCGGCGCCGUGACGAUCAAGCGCGAGCUCCCCUGGCCUGCCGUUGAGAAGAAGAUAAAGGAAUGUGGCUUGAAGGGGAAGAGCCAUGAGACGCAGUGUUUUAAUUUCAUCCGAGUCCUCCUGCCCUUGAACGAGACUCACCUGUACACCUGUGGUACCUACGCCUUCAGCCCCACCUGUGCUUACAUCAACAUUGAAGAGUUUUCGCUGACUCCCGACUCCCAAGGGAAACCACUCGCUGAGGACGGGAAAAGCCGCUGCCCGUUCGACCCUUAUCAGAAGCACACAGCCAUCAUGGUCGAGGGUGAGCUGUACGCGGGCACCGUCUCAAACUUCCAGGGGAACACGCCAGUCAUCUCCCGCUCCCUGGGGAGACCCAUGAAGAUGGAUAAUACUCUCGGCUGGCUGCAAGAUCCUACCUUCGUCAGCUCCACCUUUAUCAAAGGGAGUGCCGGGCAGGAUAAGGUCUAUUUCUUCUUCAGCGAAGUGAGCAAAGAGUACGAAUUCACCGAGAAGCUCACAGUGUCUCGCAUCGCCCAGGUUUGCACGAGUGACGUCGGGGGGGAGCGCGUUCUCCAGGGCAGCUGGACCACCUUUGUCAAGGCACUGCUCAAGUGCUCUUCCCCGGGAGAGGUGCCCUACAACAUCAUCCAGGAUGCCUUCACACUCCCACCACCAGAGGGCAGCCCUGUCGAAGACACCCUCUUCUACGUGACCUUCAACGCCCAGUGGGCUGGCGGAGCGGGCCGGUCUGCAGUGUGUGUGUUCAGCCUGGCCGACGUCAAGGCCGUGUUCGCUGGGAAUUACAAGAAGCUGCACAGAGGCACCCAGCGCUGGGUCCCACACAUCAUGGGCAACACCGACACCAAACCUGGAAAUUGUGGGUUGAACAGCUCAGUGGACAAGGACCUGGCGUUCGUGAAAGACACGUUCCUGGUUGAUGGGAGCGUGACCCCGAAGGGCAGAGGGCCGGUGCUGGUAUCCCCUGAGCUGCGGUACAGCAAGAUCGCAGCGCAGAGAGUCGCAGGGGCCAGGAAGCAGAACUACAUUGUGCUAUUCCUGCUUACCGAAUCGGGCUCCCUUCACAAAGUGGUUCUCUUGGAAGGACGGGCUCCUCAUAUUAUCGAGGAGAUUGAGCUGUUCACUGAAGUGCUGGCUCUGGAAAACCUGCUUCUCUCCGUUGAAAAGGGCGUGGUGUUUGUGGGCUCCUCGGAGGCUGUGUUUGAGAUCCCCGUCUCGAACUGCAGUUUCUACCAGAGCUGCGGACAGUGUGUGCUGGCACGGGACCCCUUCUGUGGCUGGGACCCCGGCAGCAAAUCCUGCACUGAGACGGGACUCUCCCAAUCCCAGCUGAUCCAGGAUAUUGAAAGGGGCAAUGCAGAUAAGUUCUGUUCAUCACAGUCCAUGACGCCAAAGUCAGGCUCCCACUCAAGGAACACACCAGCCAUAGAUGUAAACAUCGCAGUUACCCUGAAAGGGACUCAGAGUCUGCCCUGCCCUUUGGACUCGCGCCUGGCCGUCCGGAUUUGGACCAGGAACGGGCAGAACGUGAGCCAGCAUGACUACAUGCAGAAGGAGGACGGCACUUUAAGCUUUCUGAUUAACAAUACCACCCUGGGCCUCUACCAGUGCACCUCUGUGGAGGCCAACUUCCGGCAAGUGGUGGCCCGCUAUAGGCUGGAGGAACAGACAAGCCCCGCCCCUUAUGGAAGCCACACCCACACGGAACCCCAGCCUCCUGUGGUGAAAGAAACAACUUUUCAAAAGAUAUCCCCUCCUCUGUUUGAAGAGCCCACUUCCGUGAAGGAGACAUCUGCCGACGUAGCCACAAGCAGGCAUCCGCCCCGCCCAGGCAGGGAGCCCGUACUUCCUCCCAGGAACGAGAAAAACUACUACAAAGAGCUGGUAGCCGUGUGCUGCUUCCUCGCCCUGACUCUGCUCAGCCUCCUGCUCGGAGCCCUGUAUGUGUGUCGCCAGAGGUUACACGGGAAAGCCAGGGUGCAAGUCUGCAGCACAAUCCCGCAAAAGGCAGCCAACGCAGGCAGCUUCCAGGAGCAGAUACCCUUGAGCCUGGAGAAGCAGAACCAGGACAAGAUUGAAAACGGGGGGACGGAGAAGAAGGAGGCACAGAAAAACCGCUUGAGCAAUUCCAAUGGGGAUAGCUACAACAGCCCCGCGUAAGACCAUAAAAACCUUUGAAGACUGCCGAAGCACUUUUUACCUGCGUCAAAUCUCUUUUCAGUCUUCUUUCAACUUUCACAAGCAUAUGAAACUCGUUCUCCGAAAGGGGCACAUUUAAUACUAAGGCAAAAAUAAUCAUUCUGGUGUUAUUUCAAACGAUUUUUCCCGCAGGAAGACGGAAAGCAAUGUUUUCAGCAUUUUUGCAGGCAGCUUAGAUCUCCAGCUCUUGCUUGAGAACUGUCAUGGUCUUAAAAGACAGAAUGAAAUGUGUGUCACUUCUGGGCUGGGCACUCUCUUCUAUCGGAGAUGCUUUGCAGUUCUGUUUUGUGACCGCUUCUCCACUGGGUGUCAAAGAAAGUAUUGUUCCCAAAUGUUGGUCUUUUUUCAUGUAUGUGAUCUGUAAAUCAAAAAAGAAUUGUCUUUUGAUUGAGUGAUAUAUAAUUGUUUUUUUUACAAACUUAAAAUAAAUAAGCAUUUUAUUUUAUUUUUUUUAAAUUGAACAAAAUCUGUGAAGAUGCUUUUAAAAAUGCUCCCUGUAUUGCAAGUACCCAGCAAGUCCCACCAAGAAUUAUUUGCCUUUUUGCUUUUAAUUUGAAGCGUAUGUUAUCGCAUUGAUCAAGCCUCUGUUUAUUAUUUCUCAACGCAGCAGCAUUGAGUGUUUCUAAUAAUUCUGGUUGAGCGGUUUUGGGUUCAGUUCCUCCAAUACUGAGCAGGUGUUUUAUCUAAAUCUGUCCACCUGACUUUGAGCUGGUCUGGAGAAUUGUAAACAAUACUAUCGUGUGCUCGAAGAGGAUGAGAGUGUUAUUUUAAAACAUUUUUUUUUUUUUAACUAAUGAAACUUCAGUUCUGUGCCCACCGUUUUUAACCUCUUGCUUGUAAAGUAUAGCUGCACGAUUUAUCUGAUCUAUUUUAUUGAGCUCUUGCCCCCACAGCAAGCACACGCUCAGGGUAGCCUGUGCUGCGGAUUGUGCUGACUCUCCAUCCCCACUGAGACAAGUGAAGAAACAGCUGCUUGAAUGAGUCCUGCUCUCCACAGAGGCUAGGAGCAGCUGACAGCUGUGUGGAGAGCAGCAGUCAGCAUUGACACAAGCAGCUGUUUCUUCAGUUUAAGUAGUCAGUCUGUGUGCAGCUCUACUGUGAAACUCAGAGGACAGGGUCUUGCCCUGAUUACUUCAAUUUUUUAAUGGUUAAAAAUGAUUGUUAUAUGUAAAGUAAAAAAAUAGCUGGCAAA